AUGGAGCUGUCCGCCGAGGUGGGUCACGGUGGUAGUGGGGGUUCCGCACAAGAAACCUAUGUGCAGGACGACCGACCUAUCGCACCACCUCUCAUUCAUGUCGCGAUUCCGGAGCAUGAGGUAGAGGAGGGUGAGGAGGAGUCGGACGAGGAUUACGUGGCGGACAGUGGAGAUAGUAAGUCUUCCGAUAGUGAGGAUGAUGAUGAGUUUGUGCCGGAGACACCUACAGGGGCUAUGCCGCGCCAUGUGCUGCCUCCACCUCACACGAUUCCGGCGCUAUCGGCUGUGUCUGGUCACUAUCACAGCCUAGAUCUGGACACCAUGCAUGAGAGGAUCCCAGUUUCUGACACCUGUGGAGUGGAUUACAACCUAGACAGCGGUGUGAAGUUUCUGGUCGAACACAGGAGUGCUGAGUACCGUGUGAUCGAGUCCGACCGAUUAAAGUACCAUGUGCAGUACCGUCAAGCUGACAGUGGGUGUCAAUGGAGCCUUCGUGUGGCCCUUCUUCAGAAUCUCGGAUACUGGGAGGUUCGGGGGUUUAGUGGACCACACUGCUGUCUAGCAUCCACCAUGUCUCAAGACCAUCGUCAGUUAGAUAGCAGUCUCAUCUGCAGAGUCAUAUUGCCAUUGAUUCAGUCCAACCCAUCUGUGAGUAUCCCAAUCAUGCAAGGUGCGGUCCAGGCAAGCUAUCACUUCAAACCGUCAUACAAAAAGGUGUGGAUGGCAAAGCAGAAGGCGAUUGCAUGGAUCUACGAUGAUUGGGAAGAGUCGUACAACAAGGUGCCAAAACUGCUCCAGGCACUGCAGAGCUGUUUUCCCGACACCAUAUGUGACCUACCCGUCAAACUGUACUACGAAGGACACCUCAUGGUGCGAGACUGCUGCAUGUUUGACAAAGUAUUUUGGGCUUUUCUGUCAUGUUUCGAGGCCUUCAAGCAUUGUAAGCCAUUUGUCUCUGUAGACAACACGUAUCUCUAUGGCAAGUAUGGUGGAGUGUUGCUUAUAGCGGUGGCGGAAGACGGGAACAGCAAUAUACUACAAAUUGCUUUUGCCAUUGUUGAGUCUGAGAACACCGAAUCAUAG